GACGAACCCAAAUCGAAUCGUGUGAUCGUAGCACUUUUGUUUUCAAUCUCAGUCUCACCAAUGCAGGCGAAUUCCAACUCUUCGUCGUCCUUAGGCGAAGACCAAAACCCUAACCCUAACCCUGACCCUAACUCAAUCGAUCGGUCCCUCGACGCAAUCGAAGACCGGUUAGCGUCAAUCUCACUGGCCCAAUCCGAAACCGCGUCGUCCAAUGAAGAACCAUUAAAGGAGGUCGCAAAUGGAUCAAUGAACGAUAACAAUCACGAGGAGAGCACGGUAGCUAAGAUGGAAGAGCAGAGUCGCAGCAAGUUAGUGACGGAAUCGUCCUUUGUUUUUGAGGAGGUUAAGGAGAGCUCGUCGACGGGUGGUUUUACGUGGAGGAAUAAUUCGGAGCUGGAAGUGGAAGAAAAUGGGUCGUCGAGCCCUAGUAGUAGUGGGUAUGCUGGUGGGAGAGGUAGUAGUGGUGGCACUAGUGCAUCUGGGAUUGAGGAGGUUGGUGAGGAUGAUGGUAUUCGUGGUGUUGGAAACGAUGAUUCUAUUAACGGAGUAUCAGACUUGCAGGAGAACUCAUGGGUGCCGGGGAAGCGACAUCUCGAUGAGGUGAGUCGAGAUAUGUUACACU